AUGAACCAAAGCAUACUUGUACGCCAGCGCUUAGCAGUCGCAGCAUUGUUCAUUCUUAUUUUCACAGCACUCUCCAUAAGGAACAAGGAGCAGUUUUCGUUCAUUGCAACAAAUGAAACCGCGAGGAUAAUUGGAGAAAACGAAUCAAAGUCAAGGAGAGACAUUAUAUGGACAGCAAAAGGACCAGCUACCUACGCAGAAGUGGAUCGUAACGUUUUCUGUCCAAACAACUUCAAGAUUGUUGAAUACAACUAUCCUAUUCCGAAACUGGACUUUAUACACAGACCCUCUUGUGCAAAGACUUUUGAUGACUGGCUUGCUAUCGCCAAUGGCAAUAUUCCUGAAAGUCCUCCGAAGGUGAUUGAAGCAAGGUAUAAAGACGCAUUUUUGCUGAAUGGCUAUACGGAACUUUAUCAGACUUAUUACAAUGACAAAGCAAAGCCACAUAGUGUCGUCUGGAACAACAUUGAGUCAUUGAUGACAGUUACUAAACCAGUUGUUGGCUAUGGACAAGAAGGCUUAGCUGUUUACUACGCAUUGAAAGACUACCCUGUGGUUAAUAUGACCGGUUUUGUAAUUGGAUCGCAAUCGCCAUGGAUAGAAGUGCUGGCACUUCAAAGUGGUGCUGCUAAGGUACUUACUGUAGAAUACCAAGAAACAGAAAUUGUUGGAACAAAGAAAAUCGAGUAUAUUCAUCCUAUCGAAUUCGCAAAAGAAUGGAGCAAGAGAAACGAAAGUUAUGAUUUCUCAAUUUCGUUCUCUUCUAUCGAGCACAGUGGCUUAGGAAGGUACGGUGAUCCAAUUGAUCCAUUUGGUGAUUUGAAGGAGGUACAGAAGGUGUUGUGCCUACUCAAGCAAGGAGGACUCUUCUACCUUGGCAUUCCUCGCGGUAAAGAUGCGCUUUUUUACAACGCACAUCGAAUUUAUGGUCGAAUGCGAUUGGCUAUGAUGAUGACAGGUUUCCAAUGGUUGGCGACGUACAGAGGAAACAACGCACGUGCGGUAACCGUGACUGAAGAGGAUUAUAAGAAAGUAUCACAUAAACAGGAUUUGUACGUAUUAAAAAAGAUCUGAACGUGUAGUAAGGUAUCCUUGUGCAAACUCUGUUAUCUCUCUCAAUUCGAAAAGAUAAACAUGUAAGCCAGGCAUGUUACACAAGUCUGUGGUCUUAGCGGUG